CCAUGAGCGCGUUACCGAUCAGACAAACAAAUGAGCGCGUUACCGUGAUCAGCACAGCGCAACUCUCGCGAUCGUUCGAAACACAUGGCCGCCUACAGUGUUAACUUCUCGCAAUGAACUGGUAAAUAGAAACGCAACCUCCCGAAGUAGAAGAACGUCGAAUAUUUUUGCGCAUCAUUGGUACUCUCUGGCUUCAGGUGACAGGUUGACACCAUCGACAACAAACCGUUUAUAGCCAAAUUGCGAGCAGAACCAAAGGCCAGGCAAGCCACAACACAGGCUAGUGGGUGCUGUGAUGUCCUCGACCCCCAGCAGACUCAAACACCCACACUGCAGGAAGAAGCACUAUCCCAGUAGCACUUACCUCACCCACGUCUGACAGUCAACCACCGGACACAAGGUAUUCGGACGCCAGGUAGAGGACUUGACAGGAGAGAUUGAUAAACCAAGAGAGAUGUCGGACUCAGCUGGAAGUGGUGAAAGCGGUGGUGUUACAGGCGCAGGGCAGGACGCAGAAGCGGAUAAUGAGCCACCUCAUCGGCCACCACCUCUGCCUGAAGGCGACCGCUUAGAGGUAGCCGAGACUUCAGAGAAAGGGGUACCUACGUCUGCCAAGCGGCCCAGACUGAGCGAGGGGGGACAGGAACUGGAGCAGCUUGAUAAACCUGUCAAGAUGCACGAAGAAACGCCAGCACAGGCUGGCUUGCUGCGGAAAGACCCAGCCUCGCCAGCACAAAGAGAACCACUACAAUGUGGCGACAACGGUGGCGUAGGGGAAGAGGUGCCUGUCAGUGUGGGAGGUGAAGAAGAAUGCUGUCAGAAUGGAGAUGGAGGACUUGAUGCUCCCUUAGAAGAAGGAGAGGCGAAACCAGAGGAGGAGCAUGACGGUAUCGGAUCUGCAGACAGCCCCAGUGAAGGACAGCGCCUUGGCCUAGAUUUUACCCAGAAUCCCCAGAUGCUGACUGGUUCCUGGACCGAGUACUCCAACGUUCCAGAGAAUUACCUCAAAGGCUGCAAAUGGGCCCCCGAUGGUUCCUGUAUCCUGACCAACAGUGCAGACAAUGUGCUCCGGUUGUACAACCUCCCUCCAGAGAUUUACAGCUACAACUGGGACGUGCUUCCUGAGAUGAGUCCAGUGCUGAGGAUGGCAGAGGGAGACACCAUCUACGACUACUGCUGGUACCCCAAGAUGAGCUCUCUGGACGCGGACACGUGCUUUCUAGCCAGUAGUAGCCGUGACAACCCAGUCCACGUGUGGGAUGCAUUUUACGGGGAGGUGCGAGCCAGUUUCCGACCCUACAAUCACCUAGAUGAGCUGACCGCUGCCCACUCCCUCUGCUUCUCGCCCGAUGGAACGCAGCUCUACUGCGGCUUCGACAAAACUGUCAGGGUCUUCUACACCGAUCGGCCUGGAAGGGACUGUGAGGAGCGGCCUACCGUAGUGAAGAAGCAGGGCCAAAGUGGCAUCAUCUCCUGCUUUGGCUUCAGCCCUUGCCAGUCUGUUUAUGCCUGUGGCUCGUACUCCCGCUGCGCUGGCCUCUACUCCUGCCAAGACGGCACCCUGCUGGCUCUGCUGCCGACCCGCCACCACGGAGGCCUCACCCAUCUGCUCUUCUCCCCUGACGGCAACUACCUGUACACCGGCGGGCGCAAGGAUCCAGAAAUCCUGUGCUGGGACCUAAGAGAGCCGGGCAAGGUUGUGUUUUCACUUAAGAGAAACGUGGCCACUAACCAACGCAUCUACUUUGAUCUUGACCUGUCAGGCAGGUACCUGCUGAGCGGCAACACCGAGGGAGUGGUGUCGGUUUGGGACACCCUGACAGCUCCUCCUGAUGGCAAUGAGGACCUACUGCAGCCUCAGCUCAGGUUCCAGGCCCAUUGGGACUGCACCAACGGCGUCAGUAUUCAUCCCUUCAUGCCACUGUUGGCCACAUCCAGCGGGCAGCGUCAGUUCCCGUGGCCCGGCGAGAGUGAGGGCGACUCUGCCUCUGAGGGCGAGGGAGGUGAAGCUGUGAUGUCACCUCCGGAGGUCCGGCAAGACAACGCCCUGAGCCUGUGGUGGGCCGGCCCGCUCGGCCCUGCCCCCGAGGGGGACCCAGAGCCUCCGUUAGUUCAGCCCGCUGACACAGAUGGAGUUCCACCUGCCAUGUGAUAUUUAUUUUGGGAAUGUUUGGUAUGGAUAAAGCAAAUUAUGAGUCUUUUUGGCAUCAGCAGGUGGGGAAGUAUUUUCUGGAUCAUUUUAUUUAUUCAUUUUUCAUUGUUCCCUUAAACAUUUACAGUCAAAAUCAAUUUCUGAAAUAGAUUCUUAACAUAUCGCUUGCAAGUUUACCACAUUUACUGACGCAGUAUUUCACCUGCAGAGUUAAAAUGAAUGAAUUAUAGAACAUUGUUCAUCAGGUCAGUACAGAACAGAUGUCUCAGAUAAGAUGUGGAUUGCAUAAGGAUUGGAUUGAGACUAGAGCCCGACCGAUUUGUUAAGGCCGAUAUCGAUACAAAUAUUUUGGGAUUUAAAAAUUCUAUAUAU